GUGAAAGUAGAUCGAAGAUGGAGGGGAGGGACCUGACAUUUUAUUGAAGAAAUUGGACCUGGCAGUAGCUGCAGCACACACCUUCUUUGUGGCGAACCCGACACACCUGCAGAUGCGGGAGGACAUGGCCAAAUACAAACGGAUGUCGGGGGUCAGGCCCCAGAGCUUCCGGGACCUGGAGACACCCCCAUACUGGGCAGCCUAUGAUACUGGCCUGGAGCUACUGGGGCGCCAGGAAGCAGGACUGGCACUGCCCAGGCUGGAGGAGGCCCUGCAGGAAAGCCUGGCCCAGCUGGAGAGCUGCCGGGCCAGCUGUGAGGGGCCUGAGGAGCCACAGAGGGAGGAAGAGGAGGAAGAAGGGGCUGGGAGUCAGGGAGGCCUCUAUGAGGCCAUUGCAAGGCACUGGAUCCGUGUCCUGCAGUGUCGGCAGCGCUGUGUGGGGGACACAGCCACGCGCCCUGGUCGCAGUUUCCCUGUCCCCGAUUUCCUUCCCAGUCAGCUGAGGCGGCUGCACCAGGCCCACGCGCAGGUGGGGAAUCUGUCCCAGGCUGUGGAAAAUGUCUUGAGUGUCCUGCUCUUUUACCCGGAUGAUGAGGCUGCCAAGAAGGCUCUGAACCAGUACCAGACCCAGCUGGGAGAGCUGAGACCAGACCUGGGGCCCAGAGAGGAUAUUCAGCGCUUCAUCCAGAGGUCUCUGGGAGAAAAGAAACAGCUCUACUAUGCCAUGGAGCAUCUGGGGACCAGCUUCAGUGACCCCGACCCCUGGACCCCAUCGGCUUUCAUCCCUGAGGCACUUAGAGAGAAGCUCAGAGAGGAUCAAGAGAAGAGGCCUUGGGAUGAUGAACCUCCUCAGCCCAAGCCCUUCACCGCCUGGAAGGAUGUCCUCCUCCUGGAGGGAGUGACCCUGACCCAGGACGCGAGACAGCUGAAUGGGUCAGAGCGGGUAGUAUUGGACGGGCUGCUCACGCCUGCUGAGUGCGGGGUGCUGCUGCAGCUGGCCAAGGAUGCUGCUGGGGAUGGAACCAGGUCGGGUUACCGUGGCCGCCGCUCCCCUCACACCCCCCAUGAACGCUUCGAGGGGCUCACAGUGCUCAAGGCUGCACAGCUGGCCCAGGCUGGCGCUGUCCGUGGGCAGGCGGCUAAGCUGCUGCUGGAGGCCAGCGAGCGUGUGCGGACCUUGACCCAGGCCUACUUCUCUCCUGAGCGGCCCCUGCAUCUUUCCUUCACCCACCUGGUGUGCCGCAGUGCCAUUGAAGGCGAGCAGGAGCAGCGCAUGGACCUGAGUCACCCGGUGCAUGCUGACAAUUGUGUCCUGGACCCCGACACCGGAGAGUGCUGGCCGGAGCCCCCAGCCUACACCUACCGGGAUUACAGUGGACUCCUCUACCUCAAUGAAGACUUCCAGGGUGGGGACCUGUUCUUCACAGAACCUGACGCUGUCACCGUGACGGCUCGGGUUCGUCCUCGCUGCGGACGCCUCGUGGCCUUCAGCUCAGGUGGGGAGAACCCCCAUGGGGUCUGGGCCGUGACGAGGGGACGGCGCUGCGCCCUGGCACUGUGGCAUACCUGGGCACCUGAGCACAGGGAGCAGGAGUGGACAGAAGCCAAAGAGCUGCUGCACGAGUCAGAGGAAGAGGAGGAAGAGGAAGAAAUGUCCACCAGAGACCCUUCCCCAGAAGCCCCCAGUCUCAGGCUUCAGCGGGUCCAGGGCAAGCCUGGGAAGCCGCCUCGGGUUCGAGAGGAGCUGUGAGGGUCCGAGCCAGCUGUUUGGAGACGUGGCCACUUGGCUUGUGAUGGGCUGCUUGGAUGCCGGGACCCACGAGAAACCCUUAAGAAGCAGGAGCGCACCAGCAGAGGGUCCUACACCACCCAUCUUGGGGAUCACAAGGGCUAUGCAGCCCUGGAUUCAGAGGCUGUCACAUACUAGUCUCGAGUCCACAGGCCUGGGGAGCCAGGCCAGACCCGGACCGAUGGCCAUCCAGACCUAGGACAGACAGACAGACGGCCCUCUGCCUCCCUGGAAACAAACAGCAGGGGGUAGGACCUGACUGAUGGAAAUGAGGAUGAGAAGGGAGGAUAACCCCACUUCCCUCCCCUAGCUUGUCAAUAAAGAACACGAAGAUCCUCGGC